CACUGACCCACUCGAUGUACCCACUCACAGUAUGGCAUAUCAAUCCCACGUAUGGAUUCGAUCAGAGCGCCACAGCAAUGGCCGUGACGUCGUCUACCGUCCUGUUGUAAGAAUUGUCAGCCCACUGCUGCCGACUCUCAGCACACACCUAACGAGGGAAUGAACGCCAUACACACACACACACACUCCCGGGUGCUUUGUGUGUAUUGGGGUGGGGUAUGCGAUUGUGUGCUGUACCUGGUGUAUGGCUGAGACGCCCCCCUGCAGCAGCUGCACAGCGACGUGUUCAGGCGAGCAGAAUACCCACAGGCCGUCCGUCCCCAACACCAACAUCGACUCACUACUAUCCCUGCGACACACACCAACAACAACAACACACACGCGCACAGGCAUGAGUGAGAAAUCAGUGGGUGUGGGCGUGGUGCUGGUGUGCCACUUGAGGGGGUAGCAUGCUAUCUCAGGCUCGUGCGUCACGCCGCAACGGGUGGCUGAUGGACCAAGGAGAGAGGGAAUCCCACACAUUCCCUCUGCAUGCACGCCUCUGUGUCGGUUGGCUUAUACCUGCAGUGUCUCCGAACGCUCGCGUGACGGCGAGAGCAGGGCCUGGACUGCCUGCAGAACCACAAACACACACAUCGCUCCUGUCCUCCCGCCCCUGUGUGUGUGUGUGUGUGAGUGACCCUUUCCGUAUAGUCUCAUGGCUCCCGUGUUCGAGGGCCGCACCUCACCACCACACUGACUCACACGCUCGGCCUCUGACACACAUACAAACAGCCAUGGUAGGGAAGCGAAGCCACAACCGGCCGUAUGUGUGUGCUGUGUGUCGUAUAUAGCUCUGUGACACACCAGAUUGCCGGUCUGGCUUGUGGUCCGAUGUCAGCACCGUCACGUUGUAAGAGGCUGCACAGGCGAGUCGAGUGGGGGGAAGCCAUCCGCCGCAGAGAGUUCCGUGCCCAAUGUGUCGUGAAAUGACGGUUACGUACCCCCUGCGUUGGCCUGUAGGUCUGAACCGCUAUCAGUCGCUUUCCCACCUGCUGCUGCUGCUGCUGGCGACGCCGAUACCAAGGCAGCCCUGACAACACACACACACGGAUGUAGGCACACACAUGCACAGUGAGUCUGUCUCAUUUACUUGGAAUCGCCGACGUGUGCCGUCCAGAGGAAUCGCGAGGCGUCCGGCGCACCACCAUGGGCGGUGGCCAGCCGCCCGCCCCCGCCCGCAUGGGCAUGUGCCUCAGUUAUCACAGCUACUACCGCUGUCGCACCUACAUAGACACAUACACAAACACACAUCCGUCAGUCCCCUCAAGGGCACGGUUUGUGUGUCGUCUCCCCCCUCCCUGCGCACCGGAGUGUUUGUGGUCGAAUGCCUGCUGUGCCAGAUUGGCCUGUACCAUGUUGAACGCCUUGCGGAAGGCCAUACCGGGAUCCACGCGGAACUCCGGCAGGCCAAGGAUGCACUCUGAUGACACACGGACACAACACGUGAGGCACGACACAUAGACACAUGAAUGGCGGGACACACGUGGCAUGCCGAGAAAUGGCGGCUUUAUGUGUGUCCCCACCUGGCAGCGACUGUCGGACGAAUGCAGCGCACUCCUGGCCGCACUGCCCAUGGCCAUCAAAGGCACCAAACAGCAUCACACCAUCAGUACUGAAGAAACGAACCAAACACACAUCAGACAGACACUCACAUUCCGUAAGUGGCGGCCAUGAAUGCGGUCGUACGUCUGCAGGAGGACGAAGUCGUCUUGGUUGGGCACAUUGUCGUCGAGUCGCCUGCCCCUGGUGCACACCCACGCCAAACUGCGGCGCAGCAGCUCCACCGCACCGGACGGCUCCGCACGCACAGCCUUGGGCGCAAAGUCAGCCUGAACAUAUCACUCCACUAGAGGACCUGUGUGUCGGUUGAUGUGUUGUGAAUGCGCUGACCUGCGGCUGUAUGUCGAAUUUGCCUUCGAUGAUGAACCGCAGUGGCGGCAGGUCAGUGGCUGCGAUGGGCAUGGUUGGAGCAGCGGUGGUGGUGGUGGUGGUUGGCGCAGUCUGCUCGUGUGUGUGUGUUGGCUGUGUCGGCAUCGAUGGAGGGGGGAGGGCCACUGACGCAUCACCCACAUCUGACACACACGAUCCCAGACACGGGGGGACGGACGAAUAUUAUCCUCAUGUGAUUCUUCUCUGUCCGUCCCACCGUGUGUAUCAUCCUCCUCGGCCGCUACACCAGCAGGGACGUCGCUAGCCCGCCCCUUCUUCCCCCUGCUGCCGCCCCUCCCCCCUCUCCCGACACCCACACCCACACCCACAGGCCGCGACCCCUUGAAACCUCCCCUCGUGUGACUCGCAUGGCUGACGCGCAGGUGCUCCUUGUCCUUCUUCCGGCCACCCCCAGUGCUCCUGCGAUGGACCCCCGUCGGUCUGUCGUCGCCUAUGCUGAGCUCCCGCAGUGACGAGUGGAGGUUGCUGCCCCCACCGGGCCCAUGGAGGGAUGGCGAUGCUGCUGCGGGGCUCUGCGGGAUGGACUGCGAGAGGGCGAGUUGGGCGCGGAGCGAGGAUGAGGUGAGGCGCUCCAGCUCCAGGCUGCGGCGAAGCUCCUCGGCCUGACAUGGACAUGCCACCACAGCGUCAGUAGUUCUUCAGGGUGUUGUGGUGUGUUGCUGCUCUGGUGUGGUCACUGACCUCUGCUGCCAGUGAGAGUUUCUCUGUUUCCAUGCGGCUGAGGCUCUUCUGCAAACGAUCUAACUUGCCCUGCAUCUGAACACACACACACAAAGACAGAAGUCGAGGAAGCGUAUGGGCGUGGUCUAUGCGUGAUACCUCUGUGACGGCUUUCUCGAUCUUGUCCCUCUUCUCCACUGCUGCCCUUCCCACCGCUACCUCCCCAUCCCUCUCCCUCUCCCUCUCCGCCUGCGCCUUCCUCUCGCCAACUGCAGCCACAGCGGCAGCGGCAGCGGCAGCAGCAGGUGCCGCCCUCUCUUCCAAUCUACCGCCCCCACCAAGACCAAGACCAACACCAGGACCCGCACGACCAUCCCUAUCACCGUCCCGCUCCUCUCCCCUGCCCUCUCCCUCCUUGCCGCCGUCCGAUGAUACUUGCUCCUCAUUCGACUCACUAGACAGCACCACAGGCACCAGGGGAGGGCUCAACAGCUGAGCACCACCACCACCGCCACCCACGCCCUCUUUCUUGGCCGCAGUUUCCUGUGCUGCUGCGACCGGGGCCGCAUAUGGUGGCAGAUUGGGGCUGAGCUGCGUCGUCACGACUCGCAGUGUGGAGCCGGGCGGCCUCUGCGGCGGCGCCUGUUUGGUGAGCGCCUCGAGCCUGGCCUUCAUCUCCAUCAUGCGAUGAUACUCUUCGCUCGGCUGGGCCCUCAGAUUGACACCGGCAGCCCCAUACGGUCCACAAAAGGCGGCAGCGCCGACCGUCACCAGCCGUGCCGGGUGACCAUGGUGGCCGUGGGCACCCUCAAAAUGGUGAGGACGAAUGGGGUGGGGCAGCGGUGAGGGGAAUGACGGGCUGCUGCCGCCAGGUUGGGCGCCGAAUGGCAUGUGUGGGGGAUGCAUGGGGGGUCGGCCUGGCGCCGGGCUGAACGACGCCGGGGGAGCGCUCUGCCCCAACCCCGGGCCAGUGUGGACCUGUGCGGGUGCUGCGCCGGCUGGCGGCCCUGGCAUGGGCAGUGGGUGCGUGCCGGUCCUGGGGAAAGAUCCCCUGAACGGCGAUUGGUCUCGGGAGAGGCUGUGUGUGUGUGGCGGUGGGAUGCGCGUGUACGGGAAGGCGCCUGCCGGGAGGGAUGGGUUGCGAUGGAGAGCAGGAAGGGCGAAGGGGGGCUGGGAUGGCCUCAAAUUGGGCGAUAACUUGACCAGCGGAGGCCUGCGGGAACACAACCACAGCAGCUUACCCAUGCGGGAGCGUUUUCGUGGAGGAAGUGAUGCAUCACCUUGGUUGUGUGGGCGCAUUCGGCACUCGUGCGGCCGGUGGCUGCAGAGGCUGCACAACAACAGCGUACAUUUGGCCAUGGUGUGGUACUUUGUGUGGUGCUUUCUCCUUACCCGCGAUGCCGACGGGCUGGGUGGAGGGACGAACGACUGAUGGCGCUGCAUCCUUCGAAUUGGAUAAGGACGGCCAGACCGGUAGGGAUGGCAGAUGGCAGCUAAGAAUAAUGAGGCCC